AUGUAUAGGCACAACUUGAUGCAGCUUAACUACACCAUGCAUGACGUCCACCGAGUGCAGGACGUCAUAAAUCCAUCGACUUCUCAUUGCAACGUCAUGCUCUUGGGCCAAGCUGGGGAGGAUUCAACCGCCCAUGAAGGUCACCCUUACCUUUAUGCUCGCGUACUUGGCAUCUAUCAUGUCAACACCACUUAUGUUGGCCCCGGCAUGGUUGGUUACCACUCACAUCAAAUCGACUUCUUGUGGGUGAGAUGGUACCAAUACCUUGACAUCGGAUGCCCCAGUAGGCAAGCGCCUUUAGAUCGUGUCUACUUCUCGCCUACCGCAGAGCCAGACUCAUUUGGGUUUGUUGACCCUGAUGAUGUCCUUAGGUGCUGCCACAUCAUUCCAUGCUUUUCUCAAGGCUUGCAGCACUUGGACGGUAGGGGCAUCUCACACUGUGCUCAGGAUAAGUUGGACUAG